GUGCCAUCGCUUAAAAGAAACGCGAAAUCUGUUUGUAAGCUCACUAUAUUCUGGGAUUUCCCCUUGAAUUGACCAGAGCCUUCAGAUUUUUCCGCUUAAGAUGAGCCGCGAAGUACUAGAUCCUCCCAUACAAGCGAUGAGCAACAGUCGCCGCUACCGCGUUAACGUGGUGCACGAGGAUUUCGGAGGCGCAAAGUGGAAUGGCCAAAAUAAAGGCGGAAAGCCGGCAAACAAUGCCUACGAGGAACCAGAUCUCUAUGGCGAAGACGAUGAGGAAGACGAUCCGGCCGCCUGUAACAUUGAGCAGACUCCAAAUGGAGACUUCAAGCUGGCUCUGCCCGUGCCCAAGUCCUUCUAUGGCGGAUUGAUUGGAUUCAAGGGUGCAACGAAGCGCCGCAUUGAGGAGGAGACUAAAACGGAGAUAUAUAUUCCGCGCCAGAACGAGAAUUCCAGCUUCGUACUGAUUAAGGGCAAGCAACGUGACCGGGUUUGCGCUGCUCUGCGACAAAUCCGUCACCUCAUUGGUUCCCUGCGCAAGAAGAUGAAGCCCACGCACUUUCUAGCCGUGGCUCUGAACUCGGGACAGGUCCAGGAACGCUUCGUAGAGCUAAAGAAAUGCAUUUUAGAGGCCCAGCUGCCCGGCAUCGAUGAGGAGCUGUUCAUCUCAGAACGUUCCAUUCACCUCACGCUGGGCGUCUACGUGCUCCUCGACGACGAUGAGCGUCAAAAGGCUCUCAACGAGCUGGAGGCAUGUCGUUCCCUGCUGGCAGGCCUAAAGACACCAUUUGACUUGACAGUCAAGGGGCUGGAGAUAAUGAACGAUGAUCCCAGCUCCACGCGCAUUCUCUACGCCCACAUCGAGUCAUUGGAGCUGCAGAAGUUCGCCGAUCAGUGCCUGGCCCACUUCCAGACCACCGGAUUGUGCGCCAGGGAUAAUAACGAGCGUGAGUCCAUCAAGCUCCACAUGACUGUGAUGAACAACCGGUAUCGCAAGGAGGUAAUGAAGUGCUCCGAUAGCUUCGAUGCCCGGGAAAUCCUGAAGCGCUUUGGUGACUUUGACUUUGGCUUAGCCCAGUGCCAGGCCGUGCACUUGUGCGUCCUGAAUUCCCGCGGGGAGGAUGACUUCUACAAGAUCACCGGCAGUCUGAACUUUGAGAAUGGAGAAUCGAAGACUGUACAGAAAUAACUAUUUUGUAUUCCCUAAUUUACUACAAGAUUGGAGGGCCUCCUCAUCUCUUUGUAAAUAAAUUGAGAGAAAACUAAAGGUA